AUGAAUUUCGCACCGCCCUUCCAUUUCAGGUUGCAGAAAGGAGAUGGGGACAACCUUUGUGAUGGCUGUGUCGCUGACAGCCUCCCACUCGGCGUUGCAAAUGUGGGUGUGAACGACAAUUCCGUCUUGACAUCGACUGCAAAUCCAAACAGCGGAAAUCACGGACUCUCGGGCCAGAGCAAACUCAUGAUAGGUCUCUCCAUCGGGAUCGCCGCUGCAGUCGUGACAGCCUUUGUCACUCUGGUGUGCUGUACCCAGAGGUAUGUCAACGUUGAGGCUGUACGUUACAAAGCGGUUUGCGAUCUAACAAUGUUACAGGGACAAGUCUCCUCGAAGCGCUCAACGUAG